GCUCCACUGUGGAUGUGCUGCUUCCUGCUGACUUCACAAUGUCUGGUCGAGGAAAGAAGGCUGCACCCAAAUCAAAAUCUACAGUGUCCCGUUCCUUAAGAGCAGGAGUCACUUUCCCAGUUGGCCGCAUCCAUAGACUGCUCAGAAAAGGCAACUAUGCCGAUAGGAUUGGCAACGGUGCUGCAGUGUAUCUCGCUGCAGUAUUGGAGUACCUCUGUGCUGAAUUACUGGAAUUGGCUGGAAAUGCAAGCUCUGACAACAAGAAGCAACGUAUUGCUCCACGCCACAUCUUGUUAGCUGUGAAGAAUGAUGAGGAGCUCAAAGAGCUACUGGCAGGGGUCACCUUCUCAGAAGGUGGUGUGAUUCCAAACAUCCAUGCACAGCUUCUCCCGAAGAGGACCAAAGCUGCAAAGGAAGAUGCACCGUCAAAAGAUGUCCAAUCUCAAGAAUUCUAACUCUCUCUGCAACUUAUAGGGGAGGGUUAAAGACUUCUUUUUUUAAUGCUCUUAAACUGAUAUCAAUCUUAAACAUUAAAGUU